AUGGUAACUUUCUUCGGAAACUCCAUCAAUGCUACUACUACCACUACUACUACUACGACUACUACUACUAAUGCUACUACGAAAUUCUCCUUCUCCUCCUUCUCUUUCUUUUCCUUCUCCUCCUCGUCCUUCUCCCCCUCCUCCUCCUCCCCCUCCUUCUCCUCCUCCUCGUCCUCCUCCUUCUCCUCGCCCUCCUCCUCCUCCUCGCCCUUCUUUCCUCCUACCUCCGUCUCCUCCUCCUUCCUUCCUCCUCCGCCUCGACCCUCCAGUUCUCCUCUUCCUUCGGUCCUCUUCUCCUAUUCCUCGUCCUCCUCCUCCUCGUCGGUCCUUCCUUCUCCUCUCGCUUCUCCUUCUCCUCGUCCUCCUCCUCCUUCUCCUCUUCCUCGUCCUCCUUCUCCUAUUCCUCCUCCUCCUCCUCCUCCUCCUUCCCUGCCAUUAGUGCCAAUUCUGCAAGACUCCGGAAUGCGUCCCUUUAACUAG